AUGUCAAACAUUCCGCAAGCCUCGAAAAGGCGAUGGAGAGCAAAAUUCCUUGCCUUGCAAAAGGCAACAGGUAAAAAUCUCCAAUCUUGGCCUGACAAGAAGUCUCAGCUACGACAGUCUAGUAAACCUAUAGCAAGUAGUGACCAAAAGAAAGCUGAGAUCUCAGCACAACACACUCAAGUCAAGCAAGAGACUAAACUUGCAGCAAAGCGUGCAUUAGACUGGGAACCUAUCUUUCCUAUCGAGGAAGAAUUGCCAAAGUACAGAAGAGUGGUGGUGAAAGGAGGAGAAGCAGCAAAU